GCAGAUCCAGUCCUCGCUGACAUCAAGGAGGUUUGUCAGAGUGUGGACCAAGAGUCACCACAGGAAUCUGCAGAGGCACCUGCUCAAAGACCAGCUUUAGAGGAUGUCUUCAGUCCACGGCCAGACUCUUCACCGGGACUGAACCAGGUCUCCUCCACUAAUGAGCUGAUGGAGGUUUUCUCUGUCCAGUCGGAAGCGCCGCUGACACCCACCCAGAGCCCAUGUAUCAGUCAGCUAGAGUCUCCACAGCCCAUGCUCUCCCCCUCUCAGAUCCUCUCCAUGUUCCCCACACAGCCACUAGGGGGCUCUCCAUACUCCUCUCCCCCAUACUCUCCCACUGCCGCCAUGCCCUGGGGCCAGAGCAGCCCUCUGGGAAACCAGUGGGGACGUCCAGCUGUGGUGCCGUGGCCAACCAUGCACCACGGCGGCAUGGCAGCGUGGGCACCGUCAGGCAUCACAGCGCCCCCUGCAGGCGGCCGCACUGAGGCUCACGGCGUCGUGACCUCUCAGCCAGGGGUCAUGUGGGGAGGAAACACACCCACUUCACCCACCGCCAUCAAUGGGUACCCCACCCCUUUAAACUCUGUCCAUGCCCCGAGUGGGACAACAGGAGUUCAGCAGUCAGCGCCACCUAGUUUGAACAAUGAUCUCCUCCUGUGAUGAUUCCACAACAACAACUUUAUUCAAACAAUAAAUGACAACAUUUCAAAAACUUUAGCUCCUGUAAUGACAAUAAUAAUAAUAAUUAACACAGCUUGAUGACUUUUGGAGUAAUCUUGUGUUAUAGUGCGUUGUGAAUCUCUCUUGAGUCCAGUGAGAAUUUAACUGCUAUUUUGUUUUUAUCUUGUUUGUAAUUUCUGUGUUUGGCCACUGGCUGGAAGGAGUGGAUUAACUUUUAGAGACAAGACUGUCUAUAUAAAUUAGUAUUAGGAGCUGGUAUUAUUUAUUUAACCACUGCCACCAACAUAUACAGUAAACCACUGCUCCUCAAGAACAAAUUUCCUUUUACUGCAUGAAUCUGGGCAUUCACUUCUUAUUUAACUUGUGUAAAUAAUCAAAUAUCUGUGUUGUUAUUCAAGACAAAUGGAAGAUUAAAUCAAUUAAACACAGACAGUCAGAGUUACAGUAUCUGGUGUCCUGACAUUAACUAUCUGUUUAAACUGGAAAAUACAAUGUUUUCAUCCAAAACAGAAAAGUUUCACUGCUGCUGUUUCUCAUUAAAUGUGUUAAUAAUAAUCUUAUUUCAGUUCUCCUGCAGUACGCUCUGUUUUAUCUGAUAUAUGAAAAUGACUUUUCCUGUG